CUGCUCCUCCCAUGCCCUGCUCCUCCCAUGCCCUGCUCCUCCCAUGCCCUGCUCCUCCCAUGCCCUGCUCCUCCCAUACCCUGCUCCUCCCAUGCCCUGCUCCUCCCAUGCCCUGCUCCUCCCAUGCCCUGCUCCUCCCAUGCCCUGCUCCUCCCAUGCCUUGCUCCUCACAUGCCUUGCUCCUCCCAUGCCUUGCUCCUCACAUGCCCUGCUCCUCCCAUGCCCUGCUCCUCCCAUGCCCUGCUCCUCCCAUGCCCUGCUCCUCACAUGCCUUGCUCCUCCCAUGCCUUGCUCCUCACAUGCCCUGCUCCUCUCAUGCAUGCUGUGCCAUGGCCCCAUGUGCCACACUCCCUUUUUUCCAUGCUUCACUAGUUCGAUCAGGCAUGGCAGUGCUGCAAAUGUGAAUGGCUUUCAGCUGUUGUCUGUUGGUACUGCUCCCUCGCCCACCCAUGCCAACGCACUUCAGUACAGUCGCACCCUCCUCGUUCACUCUUUAUACAAGGCAAACGCGUCUGCUAGUGAUCCUUACAUCAUGUGCCGUUCUCUCUAUCAUUUUGACUUGCUCACUCUGCAAUGUUCAUCUCGCCACAAUCGGAAGGAGCAGCGGAAGCCAGGCGCCUGUGGAUGAAGACAAAAGAUGCCGACCUUGCGAUGAUCCACAUGCCGACCAGAAUGGUUGCCGAACGAGGAGUUCUGUCGGGUUUGAAGCGCAACCCUCGCAAUCUGGUGCAGGCAUUGGGUUUUAUUCCCCGCACAAUGCGCCUCAUGUACGUGCACAGCUACCAGAGCUUUCUUUGGAACCAUGCAGCCUCACACCGCAUCAAGACAUAUGGCUCAACUCGAGUGGUGGCAGGAGAUCUAGUGCUCUGCUCUCCCUCUGCUGCUGCUGCCACCACUGCUGCGGCCAGCAAUGCUGUGGGCAUAGCAGCUGCAGUUACUUCAGCAGGCGGGGGUGCAGAGGGAGGGGGGAUGAGGGGCACAGACGCCGAGGCGGAGGCAGAGGAGGCAGCAGCAGUGGCAGUGGAAGCGAGGGCGGAGGGGGCGGAGGUGCGGGUGGUGAGGCAAGAGGAGGCGGACCAAGGGAUAUACUCCAUUGAUCAAGUGGUGCUGCCGCUGCCGGGGGGCUCCAUCCAGUACCCCACCAACUCCACUGCUGAGGUCUUCCACUCUCUUGCAGCCAAGGACGGCAUUGACCUCUUCAGGAGCAAGCACAGCGUCAAGGAGUACUCCAUCGAGCGCAUCCCAGGGGGCUACAGGCGGCUGCUACAGAUGCCGUCUGACUAUAACUGGCGUGUGCUGGCCUACUCACGUCCAGCCCAAGUGCUGGCAGAGACUGACCUCGACCGCCUCGCUGCUUCCGCCCUCUCCGCCCCACACGCCACUGCCCCUCCUGCACCCCAUCCUGCACCUUCCCCUGCCUCUGCGCCUGACCCUGCCGCCCUUGCUGCCCCUACCUCUACCUCGGCUCCUGCCCCCGCCUCUGGUGCGCCAGCAGCAGAGACAGCAGCAGCAGCAGCAGCAGCAGCAGGAGGAGGAACUGCUAACGGUGACGCCCCUGUUGUCAUGGAAGCAGCGCACGUGUACUAUGGAUUCAAGCAGCCGGGGUAUAAGGGCAUGCUGAAGCAGGUGCUGAGGGGAGAGGGGAAGGCGGGGGCUGCUGCUGACGCUGCAGCAGAGGAGGAAUCUGGGGGAGAGGCGGCAACAGCAGCAGGGGGAGACGGAGCAGGAGCAGCAGGAGCAGCAGGAGCAGUGCCAGCAGUGGUGGUGUUGGCGUCUUCAGGCGGAGUCAGGCUGGGGAAGGAGGAGCUUGAGCGGCUGGGGAUUGGGGAGGAACCCAUCGGAGGGCCGGUGGGGGGCAUGGAAGGGAGUGCUGUGGGAGAUGGAGCGGUGGAAACAUGUGAAGGCAAGGAGGAGGGGAGUGAGGGCGGUGGGGGCAAGGUGGGAGCAGGUGAGGGUGCAGAAGAGGCGAGAGAAGGGAGAAAAGCGGAGGUGGAGAAUGAGGAGGGGGUUGAGAAGGAGAAUGUGGUAAACGAGGGUGCAGAAGCUGCUGCAAAGGGGGGGGCUGGAGAGACAGGGGGGAGAGGAGCAGGAGGGGCGGAGGGAGAAGGGAGCGAGGGCAUGCGAGUGGCUUUGCAGGUGGAGUUCACCCUGCCUGCCUCCGGAUAUGCCACCAUGGCCAUCCGAGAGCUGCUCAAGGCAUCCACUGCGGCGGGUGCACACAAGAGCUUCAAUGAGAGGACAGAAAGCAGAGCUUGAUGCGAAUGAUACGAUGCACUGUAGAUUGUCCAAUUGUGGUUGUUCUUGGCAUUUACCGCUUCUUAUUUUCAUUUGUGUUCACUGUUCACUAGUUUAGGCCUUCGUAACACCAUCCGUGGUGGAGCAACCUGUGAUUACUACGUUAGGUGAUAAUGCCAUGCAUCCCUCGCAGUUGUGUACGAUAAAUGGUAUUUGGCCUUGAUUAAGAAAGCUU